AUGUUAGUUCGUUGCAAAUGCACAAUCUGUGCGGAGGAAUUCGCUAGGACCGAUAUGACAGCCUUGCUUUGUGGGCAUGUUUUCCAUGCCAAGUGCAUUCAAAGUUGGUUCGAGAAGCGCACGACUACACCCACUUGUCCAUGUUGUGGAACUUCCACCGACAAAAAUUUGAUAGUACGUCGCCUCUUCUUUAAUGCUUGCGAUGAUCAAGACGACGAUGGACUUAUGGAAAUUUUCGAGAAGACAAAGUUUGCUCUCUUACGUGCUAAGGAGGAAAUACAAGAACUCAAGAACGAUAAGAAAGAAGUGGAUGACAAGCUCGCACUAGAACGCGGAAAAGUUUCAUCAUUAGAGGCUCAGAAUUCUAGCCAAAAUGGGAAGUUGAAUGAAGCAAAGAAUACACAGGAGGAACUUUUAGAAUUAAUCCGUAGACGCGGGGAAGAACUGAAGGAUCGUGAGGAAUACGAGAGCGAUCUUAGAUCGUGUAUUCAGAUUAUGGAAGAACAACUGAGGUACUCAAAGAAAAACGAGGACGACUCAAACCUUCUUGUCAAGAGUUUGGAAGAACAAUUGAGGACCUUAAAGAAAAACCAGAACGACUCAAAACUUCUUAUUAAGGACUCAAAUCUUCAUAUUGAGAAUAUGGAACAACAACUGAGAACUUCAAAUGAAAACGAGCACCUUAUAGGCAAUGUCGGGCAAGACGUGGUUUGUGAAGAUUUGUUCUUACACCAGGGAUUUAGUGAUUGA